AUGGUUGUUACCGAUAAUGGCACACAGUUCACGGCGGAAAAGUUUCAAUCGUUUUUGAAAGCCAAUGGAAUUAAACACUGCCUAACGGCCCCAGGACAUCCAGCCACAAACGGCGUAGCAGAAAACUUUGUGAAAACCUUCAAAGCGUCGUUGAAAAAGGCACUGUUGGAAAAUCGUACAAAAAAUUAUUAUGAAAUUUCGAGUAACUUCCUAAUUGCAUACCGUAGGGCAGCGCAUUGUUCCUCUAAGGUUUCACCGGCGGUCGCCAUGCUGGGUCGAGAAUUAGUUAUCAAUUUCGAUAGAUUGAUUCCUCGUAAGAAGCAGGCUUGUACCGUAGACGUCCUCAAGCAUAAUCUGCUCCAGGCUCAAUCAAAGCAACGGGAAUAUCACAAGGGUAAGAGAAUGCAGGAGUUAAGAGAAUUCAGAAGUUUCAGCUUGGAGAUAAAGUGCUCGUCAGAGACCACACCGAUCCUAACCGAGCGGGAUGGAUAA